AUGAAUCUUUUUCAUAGGAUGAAAACGAAAUCUUUUAGUAUUAUAUUGAUCUUCUUAGUUAACAUUCGAAAUUAUGCAUUUGCAUUGGAUUUUGGAAUUUGUGAGGUCAUCAUACCACAAUUAGUCGUAACAAAUUUAUCAACACCUUACUGGAUCAACAAAAGCAUUCAAGGAUGCUGUAAGGGCUUCAUCAAGAAAGCCGAUAAAUGUGAACCCGAUUGUGGGAGAGUAAAUUGUGUGAAUAGCUAUUGUAUUGGAAAUAAUACGUGCCAGUGCAAUACAGGCUACCAUAAAAUCAGCGAGUACAACUGCAUGCCAACAUGUGAUCAUCCAUGUGGUGUCAAUAUGGAAUGUUCAGAACCAAAUCAUUGUACAUGUAAAAGAGAUUACAAGAAAACCAACGAGACACAUUGUGAGCCAAUCUGUUCAUUUACCGAGGAAGAUUUUGAUUGUAUAAAUGCUUAUUGCUUCGCACCCAGUAAGUGCCGAUGUCAUGAAGGAUUCAAACAAAUAUCAGAAUUUGAAUGUGAAGCGAUGUGCAAUAAUUGUAGGAAUGGAAAUUGUGUUGGACCAAACAAUUGCGAAUGUAAUGAAGGAUAUGAAAAAAAUUCAAAUGGAACUUGUAUGCCACAAUGUGUUCCUGCCUGUAUUAAUGGCAACUGCGUAAAACCAAACCUUUGUCAAUGUCACGAGAACUUUAAGAAAUAUUUAAUACCAAAUGAAUGUUUCGAGGCUAAUGUGAUCAAGGAUCUUAGAGAUUGCCGUCGAACAUGCACGAAUGGAAGCUGUAAUAAAAAUGCAACAUGCAUAUGCAAUUAUGGAUAUGAAAUGUACAACGGCAAGUGUUCUAAAAUUUGCCAUAAAAAGUGCAUUAACGGCAAAUGUUUAGAGGAUCAAUGCGUAUGUCCACCAGAUUAUAAAUUAUCAAUCGAGACGUCAACAUGCAUGCCAAUUUGCUCAUUUGAAGAUGGACAUGAUUGCAUUAAUGGCGAUUGUAUAGGACCAAAUAUUUGUGAAUGCUAUCCGGGUUACAAAUUUUUAGAUAAUCGCAACUGUACAUGUGUUGCAAUGUGCGAUCCGCCAUGCAUGAACGGAGUUUGUACUACCGACGGAUGCAUUUGUCAUGAAAAUUUUUAUAUGAUAGCGGACAAUGAGUGCAUAAAGAAUUGUAGCGAGGGAUAUAUGUGGCUACAUGAUGAUUGUGUUGAGAAUUUUGAUUUUAAUAAUUUUGAUGAUGAAUCAACAACUGAAAUGAUUACGAGUACAAUGAUUGAGACAACUACGGAGGUGGUGACAGAAACGACAAAAGUUGAAACUACGACAAUGCUGGAGACAACGACGGAGGAGGAAGUGACAAUAAGUGACAUUUUCGAAGAGUCAACGAGGCACUUAGUGAUGGCAGAAAAACCAGUCGAGCCAGAAAUUUCUACAGUACUUAUAGUGGUCUUAUCAUCAAUAGCAUUUCUUCUCAUCUGCAUACUCAUAGCUUUUUAUGUGCUGUACAGUUAUGUUUUUCCCAAGCAUAUUUAUUUUGUUCAAGAGAAAGAACAAUCAACAAAUUGUGUAUACUUUACAAAACAACAGGAUCGACAUCCAUCAGUGCCAGUAACCGAGUUCAAUAUUUGA